UUUCAUAGUGUUUAGUUUAUAAAAAUCGAUAAAAAUUUCCACAGCAAAAUUUCACAAAAUAAAAGUUAGCAAAUUCCAAAACAACAAAAUUUAAAGGAAUUCAUCAAUCUCGAUUUUACUUUCUCAUAUUCGAGUUUCCUUUGUUCUCAUGAUUAACGUUCUAAAAAUAGUUGACCCGAGACAUAAUCUAUAUCAAAACUAGCUUGAAACUUUGAAAGCUUAUCUUCGAAUAUCUCUGCUCUCUUGCGUCAGAUAUUCACGCAAUCCGCGUCAUUUGACACGGAAUUAUCCAGUUCAUCCCAAUCCGCGUCUCGACGAAAACAGUUGAAGUGCGCAAGAACAGGUCGUUGCGCCUUGAAAAGCAUAAAAAUGGACAGAUGUCUCAAUUCUUCCCUCAUUUUUUCGAAUUCUAUUUUGUAUCGAGAUGCGUCUCGUGAAACCACUGAUAGUGGUGGUUUCAGUUAUUAUUAUUGAUGCAUUCGCUCAACAGCCAAUAUUUUUUCGAGUAAAACGACAAGCCUAUCCACCAAAUCCAGCACCAUUUAAACCUCGUCAAGAAGACUACAACCUUCCACCAUUUUAUCAACCAAAUCCAGGACGUGACGCUUCAUCUCUUUCUCCAUUGUUUCCAUUUCACAGUCAAUACAGUAAUGGAUUAGAUAUCAAUCCUGGAACAAGAGUUACUGUAGAUGGUAACUUGAACGUUCCAAUUAUGGGAUGGGGAAUGUGGGAUUAUAAGGGAGGAGUUAAAAUGGGACGUCCUAACACUCGAGUCGGAUUCGGAUCUCUUAAUGCUCCUACAAAUGUACUUGGAAUUUCUGGAGAUACCAUUGCUGCUUUGGCUAAAGAUGGAACAUUUCAACAAUCCAGACAAAACGUCCCAGCUGUACCUGUGGCAGUUCUUCCUGGUAACUUUGUGCCAGUUCGUUGCCGUCCUCCAAUGUGUAAUCCAUUCGUUCAUAAUAUGGCAUUUGGAGUUGACGUGGAGCCAGGAGAUGAUUAUCUAUUCGAUGGAGGAUUUGACUUCCCGAUUCCUCUUGCUCCAUCUGGCGUUGGUGUUCGUUUCCCAAUGAGUGGAGCAGUCAAUGUUGGAACCGACCCAUUACUUAUCACUUAUGGACACGGAAUGGGUCCUGUCGAACCACCAGGUUUCAAAUCGAAGAAAAGAUCAGAAGAGGAUGAUUUUCGAAGACAACUCAGAAAUAACUAGUUUCACAUAUGUUACCACUUUCUUUGUUCUCAUUUUAUCUCACUUAUAUCAAGUGCAAUUGUUACUUUCCUUGAUGAAACGGGUCGGAUUUUCCUAAUAAACAUUCACCUAUU